AUGAUGUCCUCCAACAUAUUAUCACGGUUCCUACCCCCGACGGGCUCCCCAUCAGUCUACGAGACCAUUCGCCAACAUGACGCCGGGUCCGAAUACUCUGAUCUCGAAGAACGUGCAGGCUUGGUCAUAGAAGACCAACAGGAACAGUUUAGUGACCGGGAACUGGAGGACGCGUUAGCGGAUGCGCAGGACAGUGAAAUAAUCAGCCCCAGUACUGCGUUGCUCGACCAAGCACGGUCGGGCAAGGCACCUGAAGAGCGAACUUCUCCUUCUGGCACCCGCCGUCGCAAGUCGUCCCGGCCUCAGUGGAUGGCACAAGAAGCGUCACUUGGCUAUGAGCUUGACGAUCAUGACGAGGAUGUUCCACAAUCUCUGUUGGUAGAAGGCCAUCACGAAGAUCUGAGAUCACGGUUACCUCCUCCCCCCAUUCUCAUGAUCGUUCGAAUCGACGAAGAGCCCCCAGUCCUGAACCAUCCCCGCAACCCCCCAGAGCCCGCUGGAAUGCACGCAGAGCAGCCCCUCAACCACCGCCCAGUGAAAGCGAAAGCAAUGUGGCGAUGGGCAAACGUCGAGGAUCUGGAUAACUUCUUAAAGGAUGUUUACAUAUACUUCUUAGGGAACGGAAUUUGGUCCAUUCUGCUGACCCGGGUGCUGAACCUCUUGACAUUUGCAUUCGUCGUUGGUUUCUCUACCUUUUUAACCAACUGCAUUGAUUACCCUAGAGUCCGGCGGAGUAAGACUCUGGAUGAUAUUCUCGUGCCCCAGUGCACAGCGAAUAUGUCUGGGUCGUCCACAUUUUUGUUGUGGCUCUUCAGCUUCUUCUGGAUUGGGAAACUUUUUCAGUACCUGCUAGAUAUUCGUAGGCUGAAACACCUACAUGACUUCUAUCUCUACCUACUUGGCGUUUCAGAUAGCGAGGUCCAGACGAUUUCCUGGCAAGAAGUCGUGAGCCGACUGAUGGCGUUGAGAGACUCAAAUCCAUCUACCGCAGCGGCAGUUUCUGCCAAACAUCGAAGAUUCAUGGGCAGCCAGUCAAAGCAGCGAAUGGACGCUCACGAUAUUGCCAACCGCCUGAUGCGCAAGGAGAACUACAUGAUCGCCUUGGUAAACAAGGAUAUUUUGGACCUCACUCUCCCUAUUCCAUUCCUCAAGAAUCGACAACUCUUUUCGCGGACCAUGGAAUGGAAUCUCAAUCUUUGUGUCAUGGACUAUGUCUUUAAUGAGCAAGGCCAACUGCGGACCCUAUUCCUCAAGGACACGCAUCGCAGAGCGCUGAGUGAUGGCUUACGCCGACGCUUUGUUUUCGCUGGUGUGAUGAAUAUUUUCGUGGCGCCCUUCAUUGUUGUCUAUUUUAUGAUGCACUACUUCUUCCGGUAUUUCAACGAGUUCAAAAAGAAUCCGGGCCAAAUCGGUUCUCGCCAAUAUACACCUAUGGCGGAAUGGAAAUUUCGAGAGUUCAAUGAGCUUUGGCAUCUCUUUGAGCGUCGCAUCAACAUGUCUUAUCCCUUUGCCAGUCGCUAUGUUGACCAAUUUCCCAAGGAUAAGACCGUUCAAGUGGCACGGUUCGUUGCUUUUAUCUCUGGAGCUCUUGCCUCAGUGUUGGCCCUUGCCUCUGUGAUAGAUCCAGAGCUCUUCCUUGGGUUUGAGAUUACCCCUGAUCGGACUGUUCUAUUCUAUCUUGGUAUCUUUGGCACAGUCUGGGCUUUUGCGCGAGGGCUAGCACCCGAAGAGACCGAUGUCUUUGACCCCGAGUAUGCACUCCUAGAGCUGAUCGAUUUUACACAUUACUUCCCAUCCGGAUGGAAGGGGCGUUUGCAUAGCGAUGACGUGCGGAAAGAAUUCGCAGUCCUCUAUCAAAUGAAGAUUGUGAUCUUCUUAGAGGAGAUUUUGAGCAUGAUUUUCACUCCUUUCGUCCUGUGGUUCAGCUUGCCCAAGUGCAGUGACCGCCUCAUUGACUUCUUCCGGGAGUUCACCGUGCACGUUGAUGGUGUAGGCUAUCUCUGCUCUUUUGCCGUCUUUGACUUCAAGAAGGGCACAAAUGUGCUCUCUCAAGCCGGACCUGGGCGCCGGGACCCUGGCAAGCAGGAUUUGCGCACCGAUUACUUCUCAACUAAAGAUGGCAAGAUGCUAGCUUCCUAUUAUGGCUUCUUGGACAAUUACGGUACCAACCAUCAACCUACCAGCCGACGACCAUUCCAUCCACCGCCAACCUUGCCAACCCUCGGCUCGCCCACUGCAGCCGAGUUCGGUGCUCUUCCUGAUCGCCCUGACCAUCUCCAGACACGCACUGGGCUGACCUCCGGUGUGCCAUUUGGCCCUCAAUCACUGAUGGGCGCCUCUAAACUAAGGCAAAUGGGAGGAUUCGACCGCCGCUCUCCUGCCCCGUCUAUUCUCCUUGACCCACAGCACCAGCCUUCGACUACUGGGUUCCGCGCUGCAACCAGGACCACUCCACAGCAGCACCAGCGCUCUCGGCUCGGACGCUCCCAGUACCCGUCUACGGAUCCCAUCGACGACGAGGAAGAACCGCUAUCCCAAGACGGCCGUGAUUCAGCAACGCGGCAUUCCGGUCCUCGUACCGGUACUUCCAGUGCAGGUGCAGGCACUAGUGAAAGCAACCUCGGCGAUUCUUGGCGCAUGAACCCACUCAGCAGGGACGAUGACCCCGAUGAAGGCGAAAAUAUUGACGCCAUCGCUGGUGGGGGUGGUGUUUUGGGGCUAAUUCAGCAGUUUCAGAAAGCCAACACCGAAGGCCGGCGAACAACUGUGGGGAUCUAG